AUGGCCAGAAUCUUACCCAUUUUGUUGAUGCUAAUAUUGAUCGGAAACUCGAGUGUGAUCGAAUCCAGAAAUUCGGUUAAGGCAGGAUCAGAUACUUACCAAGGGCUGAAUUGUCGUAAGCAUAGUGCGAUUUUAACUGAGUUUGGCGGUAAAGGUGACGGAGUGACUUUGAACACGAAAGCCUUUCAAAGUGCCAUCGACAAGCUAAAGACUUUAGCUAAUGAUGGCGGGGCACAAUUAGUUGUCCCACCAGGAAAGUGGCUAACUGGAAGCUUCAACCUCGUGAGCCACUUUACACUAUACAUCCACAAGGAUGCAGUUAUUCUUGGAUCUCCGAAUGAGUCCGAUUGGCCUUUGAUUGAUCCUUUACCUUCUUAUGGGAGAGGAAGGGAUUCCAAUGGACCUAGGUUUAGAAGUCUUAUCUUCGGGACAAACCUUACCGACGUUGUCGUAACUGGUGGGAAUGGGACAAUUGAUGGCCAAGGAGCAACGUGGUGGUCAAAAUUCAAGGCCGGUAGUCUAAAGAACACGAGGCCUUACCUAAUAGAGAUUUUGAAUUCGGACCAGAUUCAAAUUUCUAACCUUGUUCUCGUUAAUUCUCCUUCGUGGAAUGUCCAUCCUGUUUAUUGUAGCAACGUGAUCAUCGAACGGUUAACGAUUCGUGCCCCCGUCACUUCUCCCAACACAGACGGGAUUAACCCUGAUUCAUGCUCCAAUGUUCGUAUAGUGGAUAACUUUAUUGUCUCCGGCGACGAUUGUAUAUCUGUGAAAAGUGGUUGGGACCAAUACGGUAUCAAAUACAACAAGCCGUCGGAACAUAUUGUAAUUCGAAGACUGACUUGCAUUUCCCCGGACAGCGCAGCCAUAGCACUUGGAAGCGAGAUGUCAGGAGGUAUCCAAGACAUUCGGGUUGAAGAAACCGUGGCCAUUAAUACACAAUCCGCAAUCAGAAUUAAAACUGGCAUUGGAAGGGGUGGAUUUGUGAAGGACAUAUUUGUUAAGGGAAUGAACCUUAAUACUAUGAAAUACGUGUUUUGGAUGACAGGAAAUUACGGGUCUCAUCCUGAUAAUGGAUUUGACCCCAAGUCUAUACCAGUAAUAAAGGGAGUCAAUUAUAGGGAUGUCGUGGCGGUGAACGUAAAUCAGACUGCGAACCUUGCCGGAAUAGAUGGGGAUGUGUUUAGCAACAUUUGUUUAUCGAAUGUGAAGGUCGGGUUAUCUCAGACACCGAACAAGAUUCAAUGGAAUUGUACAAAUAUUCAAGGGGUGAGUAGCGAUGUAACGCCUCCGCCGUGUGAAUUGUUAAGUGGGAAGGGACCAACCGGUUGCGAUUUUCCAGCCAAGGCGUUACCAAUUGAUGGUGUGAAGUUGCAAACAUGUAAUGUUGCUCUUCCACUCUUAUUGUGA